AUAUACCGCAAAGUAUGUUCAGUUAUUUACAGCUUUUGCUAUUAGUGUUUAUUGUGAACUAUUUAAAUACUCGAAGUGUGCAAUCUGGCAAUACUGCUUGUGUCAUUUCUAUUGUGCUUUGGAACAGCGACCGGUUAAGUGUAAACAAUUAUUGUUUAUAUAUUUUGUGAAAAAUAGCACAUAAAUUGUAAUUAUUAUAUAAAUAAAUGUGUACAACGUUUAAAUUACAUAUUUGUAUUAAGCGGUGAAACAAUGAAGGUUGCAGUAGAGGGUUGUGCUCAUGGCGAGCUGGAAAAGAUCUAUGAAACCAUACAAAGCAUUGAAAACGAAGAGGGCUUUAAAGUUGACUUGUUGCUUUGCUGUGGAGAUUUUCAAGCUACAAGAAAUCUCGACGAUCUACAAACGAUGGCUGUGCCGCAAAAGUACUUGGACAUGUGUACCUUCUACAAAUACUACAGCGGUGAGCUUGUGGCGCCUAUACUUACAAUUUUCAUCGGGGGUAACCAUGAAGCCUCAAAUCAUCUACAAGAACUUCCGUACGGCGGUUGGGUCGCACCUAAUAUAUACUAUUUGGGCUAUGCGGGAGUUGUGAAUGUGAAUGGCAUACGCAUAGCAGGCCUGUCAGGUAUUUAUAAGGGACACGACUAUUUACGUGGACGCUUUGAAUUUGCGCCUUACUCAGACGUCACACGCACCAGCGUUUACCAUGUACGGCAGCUGGAAGUAUUUCGUUUGAAACAAAUAUCUGGUGAAACAGAUAUUUUUAUGUCACACGAUUGGCCGCGUGGUAUAUACAAUUAUGGCAACAAAUCGCAAUUGGCACGUUUUAAACCGCAUUUUCGCGAUGAAAUGGAUAGAGGUCAACUGGGAAGCAGACCGUGUGAGGAUCUAUUAAAGAUGUUGAAACCCAAGUACUGGUUCGCAGCACAUUUGCAUUGUAAAUUUGCUGCCGUAGUACCACAUGAUGAAGUGGAUGAUAACAGUGCAGAAGCUGACCCAAUAAAUUGUGACGCAAGGAAUUUGAAGCAAAAUGAAAUUGGCGAGGACAAGGAAGAAAAAAUAACAAAAUUUUUAGCUUUAGACAAAUGUUUGCCCAAACGACGUUUUCUGCAACUACUCGAUUUGGAAACGCCACAAUUUGCAGAAGGUGAAAUACGUAUGGAAUACGAUCUUGAAUGGCUAACAGUACUUUACUUGACCAAUCAUUUGACAAAUGUAAAAAGUUCCAAAUACUAUCUGCCGGGUCCACAAAAUGCAGCAAGCACGGAGCGUUAUAACUUCACACCAACAGCUGAUGAAAUGGAACACGUACGCAAUAAAUUUGCCGCUGACUUAUUGGUGCCCAAAAACUUUACACGCACUGUGGAACCAUACAACCCCGAUGAGGACAAUAAUGGACACACCCCACAACCGAAAGCGCAAAUUAAUCCACAGUCACAACAGUUCUGCGAUGCUUUAGGUAUUGACGAUCCUGUAAGUUUGGCGCUAAUAAUUGGCGGACAUGAAUUGAACUAUUCGAAUGCGCUGAACGAAAGCACAGACACAGAGUUCAAUGAUUCUACUACAUCCAUGCAAACGGAACACUCGAGCUUAAAUAUGUCCGGCAGCACAGGCGAUGCGUUAUCGCCACGACAGAUUAGUCCCUUUAAACGGAAAAAUAGCAUGGGUCUCAAUCUACCAAAGCCCAUAGCUGAAACUGAAGUGGAAACUGUAGCAACUGAACUGGAAGUAAUGAAGAACAACGAUGAACUUGAGGUUGGUAAUAGUUCUGGAGAAGAGACAGAAAAGGAACUUCCCCUAGGAGUGGAAGUUAUAAACGAAAUUGAUGAGGAGCAGAACGUUUUGAAUGCGAAACCACCGAUCAAAAAAUUCAAGCGACGUAAUCAAAGCGUGUACAUGAACGAAGAUAAGGAAGAAGAGGAGUAAGUCUGUUUUAACGAAUUCUAAAUAAAUAUUUCUAAUUUAAUA